AUGAGUAUUAAUUAUGCAAGUAAAGUAUAAUGUAUAAUAAUCAAGAAUUUGGAAAGCGAAGUAGAAGGCAAUCAUUGAAUUCUGAUCUCAUGCAAAUGCAUAAGUUAUCACAAGUAACACCAAUUUGUUGAUAUUAAAAGAAUAAUAAAACAUUCACUGAUUCUUUUUCGGUUUCACUUCAUUAAUCAAAGUCAACCUUUAACAAAAAGAAUAUUUCAAAAUUAGACUUGUAACAUAACAAUUAACUAAAAAAUAGAGACAUUCCAUAUGGAGAUCUCAAACACAAAGCUAUUAAUUCCAAACCAAAAACCGAAGUCACCAGAAAGAAGUUUUCGUUUAAUCAAAAAGGCAAAAUCAAGAAUUUCAUAGAUGCAAUUGAUGACUACAUAGAACAAUUAAAUGAGAGUUCAGAUAGCUAUACAUUAACAUCAGAUUCACAAAGUAAAUUAGAAAAUAUGUUAUUCCUUAAAUUUAAUAUUAUACAAAAAAAGUAGGAACAAUUAAAAAUUAAAUAUAAAAAAUUACAAUAAUCCAACAAGAUUGAAAGAUAUGAGAAUCAAACUCUAAAAAAUCAAUUAUUGGGUCUGCAUCAUCAAUUGGAAGAAGAGAAAAGGAAGAAUUAUCUAUAACAAUUAGAUUUAGAGAAGUAAGAGUAAAAAAAUAAGGAAUUAAAAUUGAGAUAUCAAUAUUUAUCGAAUUCUUACCUUAGAGAAAAAUUGAAGUAGGAAAAUUAGAAGUUAAAAAUAUUGUAAAAUAGUAUCUCAAUUUAAGAAAGCAACAUUGUACAAAUAAAUUCUUAUAAUUAGCUUUAAGAUACAAGUUAAUCUAGCUAAAAGUUGGAUGAUAGUACUGUUAGAAAAUUUUUAAAAUCAUAAAUAAGAAAGUUAAAAUAAAAUAAUAGAUAAAUUGAUGAUUAUUCUAAUCUUUAUAAAAAAUAUAGUGAACAUAACAUUGAAAACUUUUGA